CGAUACCGAAGUCCGAACUAACGUUGCCGCGACAGCCAUACGGUAUACUCCAACUCUAUCGUUGCCACAAAAACUCCAAGACGGUUUAGCUGAUCACACUCAAGUGAACCGUCACAGACGACGAAGUAGACGCACAUCUGUACAUAGUCAGGGUCACAUUAAAUGCAGAGAGAUGCGUCUGAUCUUGCAGAAGUUCAGAAUUAAUACUACGUAAGUCAAAUUUAAGUGCCCUGAGCUCAACCCGGCCGGGUCCGUAGUACCGUUAGCCUCGCUGAUGACCAUCUCUGAGAUGGCGAACACCGAAGAUGAUGAUCCUGUUCGAGAUCAUACCGCCAUUGGAGACGAGCUGUAUACCCUGUUUGGAGAUCAGGGUGAUCUGCAAGCCCUUCAGCUAGCUAUUGGUCAUUACAACGCAGCCCUCACUGAAGAUGUCCUUGACUCUCAAUGCAGCAGAAGUAACCAACUUUUGAAGCUGGGUACUGCACUGUCUCGGCGUUUCGAUCUCGUUGGUGAUACUGCCGACUUGGACAUUGCCAUCGAUUGUCACCGUGUGGCCAUUGACCUUCAAACGCCAGACAGUCCUGAUGUCCCCAUCAUGCACGUCAAGCAUGCUCAAAUGCUCAUGAAGCGCUUUGGGCUCCACGCAAACCAACCAGACCUUGAUCUCGCAAUUGAGCAAUAUGCAUGUGUCUCCGAUCAAACCGAUCCUACACAUAAAGCAUGGCUGGUUGCCCUCGCCGAUACACUGGUCACUCGCUUCUCUCAUCAGGGGAACGUCAGAGACCUCAGCCAAGCUAUUCACCUAUAUGAGUCUGUAGUCAACUUCGAUGCAUCCAACGCACCCACUUUUGUGCUUGGGAAUCUAUCCCUCGCGCAUUUCUUUCGCUACCAACAGGAAGGUGACGCUCCAGAUCUCACAUCAUCCAUUGCCUACUCUACAGCAGCUCUCGAUAAGAUAUCCUCCGAAGAUCAAAACCGUUCCGUCCUGCUCAAUAACCUUGCGAACGGCUUAAUUUCUCGCUUCAAAAAGCUCGGGAGCACUGAUGACUUGGAGCAAGCCAUCAAGUCCUAUGGUUGUGUUGUUGAACUAUGUCCAGCGGAGCACAAAGGGCGCCUCCAUGCCCUCAGUAAUCUCGCGAGUGCAAUCAUGACCCGUUACGAACUGCAAGCGUCUCUAGCAGACCUUGACAUCUCCUUGAGUUACUUUCAUGAAGCGCUCGAGAUUUGCCCCAGAAACCAUCCAGAUCGCUCCACAUUGCUCGAUAACCUUGCGACCACCCUCCGCAAGCGUUUUGAACGCACCGGUGACAUAGUUGACUUGGAAACAGCCAUCGAAAAUCACUAUGAAGCACUACAUGUCUUGCCGCCGUCUCAUCCCCAUCGCUCUGAUACAUUAUGCUCGCUUGGGAAUGCCCUCCAGUCCCGGUUUGCGUUUCAGGGGGAUCCUGAUGACCUUGAUGCAGCUGUAGACCGCUACAGCGAGGCCCUCCGCCUGCGACCUCCAUCACAUCCAGAGCGUGCUGAUUUGUUAAACAACCUUGCCAACCUAGGUGCUUCUGCAUUGGAACUACGUGAAGGAGGCAAUGACUAUAGAUUGUCCUCUCAUGUGGUGCUAGCUCACGCAAAAGGUCUCAAAUACGAACUUGAGGGUGACCCUGCCAUGCUUCAAGCUGCAUUUCAGCAUCUUGACGAGGCACGCAGUAUGUGCACUCCUGGCUGUCCGUCCCUUCUCAACAUCUGGGAAGAGUAUUCCCGUAUCCACCUUCGUGCCUACUCCAAGGCGCCGCAAUCUACAAACCGCAUGGAGGAAGCAUUUCGGUACUUUAGAAUGGCAUCAACUCACACAUCCGGGGGUUCGCUGCCAAAAUUCGACGUUGCAUUACGAUGGAUUAAAGAAGCGGAGAUACACAAGCACUCGUCAGCACUGGAUGCCCACCAGAUUGCUUUGAGCAUGUUCGACCGCCAUGUCACGAUGAUGCCAUCCAUAGAGUCACGACAUCGCAUAGUGCGUAAAUACGCAGCUUCGUUGGCUGUAGACGCCGCAUCGUGUGCUCUCAGACGUGGGCUGGUCACACUCGCCGUGGAGAUGCUGGAGCACGGACGAGGUCUUCUAUGGACAUACCUCGCGCGUUUCCGGACGCCGCUGGAUGACUUGCAGAGCGCCGGUGAACAUGACUGUCAACUAGCCUCUGAGUUUCUAAGGCUGAGCUCCCUUCUCGAAGACGCAGCCUGUGGUGCUGUGACUGAAGAGGGGUUACACCACUACCGAUGUCUCCUCCGGGAAUGGGACGGUGUAGUAGAUCAGAUUCGGCUCGUAGACGGGUUCGGUGACUUUCUUCUCGCACCGAGCUUUUCUAAGCUUAAGGAAGCUGCAAAGAAUGGGCCAGUGAUCAUCACCAAUGCCAGCCGAUACUCCUGUGAUGCAGUAAUCGUCCAUCACAAGCACGACCCAAUCCAUAUCCCUCUGACUGACAUCAACGCAUCUGAUGUCCUUCGAUUGUCUUCCCAGUUCAGGGACAUUGCUACCAACCGCGAUAGAGGACGUUCCACAGAAAGGCAGCUUACCGAGUUACUACGUCAAAUAUGGGACACUGUCGUCUUUCCUGUGGUCAAAAAACUAGAAUCCUCUCUUCACCUUCCCAAAGGUUCGAGGAUAUGGUGGUGUCCCACUGGCCGUUUCAAUAGCAUCCCGCUCCACGCGGCAGGCCCGUUCUCGAGAGGAGAGAAAGGUCUGCCAAAUCACUAUGUUUCAUCGUACACACCAACCCUUUCUGCCCUCCUGCGGUGCCAAAAACCACGUCACGUCAUCAACGACAAGACCCCGCCACGGGUUUUGGCGAUAGGACAGGCAGCACCCACUGGUGGUUUUGCAAAGCUCGGGACCGUUGAUGAAGAACUCGACUCACUUCAAAGCAUCUUAGCGCCGGCCAUUCCGAUGACACGAAUGACCGGCGAAGGCGCAACACGCUCAGAGUCCCUCCGCGCUAUUCAUUCAAGCCCUUGGGUUCACCUUUCCUGCCAUGGGAAGCAAGAUGUGACUCGCCCUCUCAAGUCAUGCUUUGCCAUGAGCGACGGACCUCUGAUGCUCUUGGACAUCGUUCGCGCACCAUCCGAAUCCGUGCAGUGUUCGGAAUUUGCAUUCUUGUCGGCGUGCCACACUGCCGCUGGGGAUCGUACAACCCCAGACGAAGUUGUGCAUCUUGCUGCUGCGAUGCAGUUUGCUGGUUUUAGGGGAGUUGUUGGAACUAUGUGGGCUGUGGAUGACGCUGUCGUGGUCAACAUGGUCUCGGCUUUUUAUGAAGCCCUCCUCGAAAAUUCACCAGAGGGACUAAAUUCUGAGCACGCAGCACUGGCUUUGAAUACAGCUGCAAAGAGAGUGGAUAAAAGUGUUGUUCCACUGGAACAAAGGAUUGUAUUCAUCCAUAUUGGAGCAUGA